AUGGCAGGAAACGUGACACGCGAGCAAGUAAGAUGGCUAUACGAGGUCGUUACUGGAGGAAAGGACAAGCCCUUCGUCUCGAGUGAGCCCGGUUCAGAAGGAGAUCUCUGUGGAUUCUCCUUCAGUAACAUCAGUCCCGUUUACCUCGUUCGAUAUCGCACAACUACCAUCCUCAAGGGAAUAUUCCAUUCACUGAGUACAUCCCGCCGGCAGAUAGGAGCGACACCGAGGACGGCCGGUGGUGGUCCGCUCAAAUCUGUUCUGGUGAAGCGGUCCGGUUCUUCUAUAAGUGGGCUCUCGCCAGGCGAAGUCUCCCGCGCCGGCAUUCAAGUUUAA